AUGAGAUUUCUCACCCUGGCCCUCCUUGGCAUCUGCUGUCUCACUGCAUACAUUGUGGAAGGUGUAGGGAGUGAAGUCUCAGAUAAGAGUACCUGUGUGAGCCUCACUACCCAGCGACUGCCAGUCAACAGAAUCAAGACCUACACCAUCAAGGAAGGCUCCUUGAAAGCAGUAAUUUUUAUUACCAAACGUGGCCUAAAAGUCUGUGCUGAUCCACAAGCCAGGUGGGUGAAAGACGUGGUCAAGAGCAUGGACAGGAAAUCCAACACCAGAAAUAACAUGAUCCAGACCAAGCCAACAGGAACCCAGCAAUCGACCAAUACAGCUGUGACCCUGACUGGGUAG